AUGGACGGGGGAUAUGUCGAUCUAAUGCUUACAGGUGGCAACGACAACAAGUCGUUCGGGCGCCUGGACUUCAAGGUCGCCAUUAUCUGUGCUCUGAAGCUCGAGUACGAGGCUGCCAUUCUGCUCUUCAACCCUGAGAGCAUAUGGGACCAAAGUGGACACCUCUUCGGCCGGCUGGACGAGGACGACAAUACCUACAUGCACGGCCGAAUCGGCGAUCACAAUAUCGUUCCUGUCCUGCUUCCGGGGCAAUUCGGCAAGGUGUCUGCAGCCCGCGUCACCACCGAGCUCAUCCCUGGAGCUGGGGGAGCUGGCGGCAUCGACGUCCUACUCGGCGGCGUGAUUGUCAGCACAUCCGUCGUACAAUACGACUUCGGGCAGUACUCUCCCGAUAGAUUCCACAUCAAAGACACAAUGAAGGACAACGAUAUUCUGGGUAUGCUCGAAACUCUUGACACAGGAUAUGGACGGGCCGCGAUAAAGAAAACAACGGCAACCCUGUUGCAGGAUCUCCAUCGUCGCGACACAAGCCGCACCUAUACCCUCCCUGCGGCAACGCAAGACAACCUUUACCGACCGAGCUGCCGCCACAAGCACAGGGGCGCUCCCACAUGCGAGUGCCUGAACACGACUGCAAACGGCGAUUCUGUCUGCAAGUUGGCCAUCGAGUUAUCCUGUGAGGACCUCGGCUGCGAGGAGGAGUCAGCUUGCGACUACGCCGCCUCGCACAAGAACAAGACGUGGCAGCUGUAUGCAGCAGCCACCCCAGCGUCCACAGCAAGGGCUAUUCUGGAGCGAUACGAGAAGACGGACAGAAUCACCCCGAGUCUCUUGGGAACUGAAACGUUUGCGACCAACACGAAACCCACCGAGUCCUCAGUGGCCUCGAUGCCCGCAGGCGCAGGGGUUCAUAUAUCCGCGGUUACCGAGGUCCACGUCCCCACUGGGAGCUCGUCAGCCACAACUGUCAUCGCAACCAUCUCUGCCGGAGCAGAAACUGCCGUAGGCGGUCCAGAAGACGAAGUUGACCAAGAAUCUGCAGCGACGUGGCCGGUACCCUUUUCCUUGAAGGGGAAUCUCAUCAACCGCCCGGAGAUUCUUAAGCCCGUCAUGGAGAGGUAUGAGGUAGGCCAACGGCGGGUUGCGCUUGUCGGGCUCGGUGGGAUCGGCAAGUCUCAGCUAGCGAUCAAGAUUGCACAGGAAGCCAAGAAGCCAAGAAGCCAGGAAGCCAGGAAGCCAGGAAGCCAGGAAGCCAGGAAGCCAGGAAGCCAGGAAGCCAGGAAGCCAGGAAGCCAGGAAGCCAGGAAGACGUCGCGGGUGUUCUGGGUUGACCCAACCACACGAUGCACGACGCCCUUCGCUUGGUUCACGGCUGGGCUGUGGCGUGAGGAGAAUGGCUGGUGGACGAUAAUUCUCGACAACGCCAACGACGAGAGUGUAUUCUUUUCUGGCGAUCCAAUGCCUGCAGACUUCCUGCCGAGCACUAGCAAUGGCUCCAUUCUGGUCACGUCGACAAACGAAAAAGUCGCGCAAAUGCUCACUGGUGGUCAGAAGAAUGUAAUCAGAGUCCGGGGCACGAGCGAGGAGGAGGCCGUGCACCUCUUCAAGGCUCUAUAG